ACUGCAGCUUCCAGAGCCUGGCGGGGAGCCAGCCGCGCUCCUUUCUUCUCAUCUCCGCUCCGCUCCCCACCCGGCCAGGCUGGAGCAUUAAUAUUUCAGCAGCGCCUGGCUGCUGGCAUUGGCUCCACCGCAGUGCACUUUGUCAAUAAGACAGCCAGGCAGCGAGGGAGCUAACCGGCCACCCGCAGGGGAACCGACCACAGCAGCGGCGGCGGCGGCAAGCGCACUCGCUCAAGCUGCCUUGAGCGGAGGGCUCCAGUGUUCGAGGCUCUGUCCGACUGUUUGGCACCCCACCCCGGGAGCUCACUGCGCUCUCUGCCACCAUGGAUGUCUUCAAGAAAGGUUUCUCCAUUGCUAAGGAGGGCGUGGUGGGGGCUGUGGAGAAGACCAAGCAGGGAGUCACUGAGGCCGCUGAGAAGACCAAGGAGGGGGUGAUGUAUGUGGGGACUAAAACUAAAGAGGGUGUGGUGCAGAGUGUGACCUCAGUUGCGGAAAAGACCAAAGAACAGGCCAACAUGGUAAGCGAUGCCAUGGUAGCCAGUGUGAACACCGUGGCCAGCAAGACAGUGGAGGAGGCUGAAAAUAUUGUGGUGACCACUGGCAUCGUUCGGAAGGAGGAUUUGGUACAUCCAUCUCCAGCUGAGCAUGGGGCCCCAGAAGACCAGCCAGCAGAAGCUACUGAAGAGGUUGAGGGCAGCAGAGACUAGCUGGGGAACCAUCGUUGAGCCAGGCCAAGGAUUGUGGAGCCAGUAGCUGACACUAACCUUCUCCC